AUGAGCAGCGGCCAGCAGCGAGGCGGCGCCGGCGCCGGGCCGCAGCACGCGCCCGACCACAUCAAGCGGCCCAUGAACGCCUUCAUGGUCUGGUCGCGCGGACAGCGCCGCAAGAUGGCGCAGGACAACCCCAAGAUGCACAACUCGGAGAUCUCCAAGCGGCUCGGCGCCGAGUGGAAGCUGCUCUCCGAGAUGGAGAAGCGGCCCUUCAUCGACGAGGCGAAGCGGCUCAGGAGGGAAAAGGGCGGGGGCAGCCGCGCAGAUUUAAACGCUCAUGCUAAUUGGAUAGCGCGCCUGGCGCCGGGCCGCCCGCGCUCGCCCGGGACUCCUCCGGAGACGGCACUGCGUGCGGCCUUUCUUUGUACGCCUCUGGAACUACGUGGCGCAGAUAGCGGGAUUACAGCGCCAGCGGCCACCCGUAAACCUGGCCGCCUCCUCGUGAGGCGGGCGGCAGGAGUUGACGCCUACUUCGACUGCAGGCUGGCGCUGCACAUGAAGGAGCACCCGGACUACAAGUACCGGCCGCGACGCAAGCCCAAGUCGCUGCUGAAGAAGGAGCCCAAGUUCGGCUUCUCGCUGCUGGCGGGGCCCCCGCUGGCGUCGCAGGCUGGGCAGCACGCGUCGCUACCGCUGCCGCUGCCGCUGUCGCCCGGCUCUGCGGCCGCCGACCACCUCGCGCGCUCGCUGCUGCCCGCCUUCCCCUACCCGCUCUACCCGCUGCCCGCGCCCGCACACAAGAUCAUCGACGACGGCAAGAGCGCCUUCGACCUCGCCAUGCAGGCGCUGUACUCGAGCCAGAUGUAUUCGCACGCGUCGGCCGUGGCGGCAGCGGCGGCCGCCUCCUGGGUGCCGUGCGGCUGUCCCCCUCCCCCGACGGCCGCGCCCAGCCCACCGCCGCCGCCGCCUCCCGCCUCCUCGCUGGACGGCGCGAACGCCAUCAAGCGGCCGGUGGCGUGUCUGCUGGUGAAGCCGCCGACCGAGGACCUGUACGGGCCGCCGCAGCUCACCCCCGCUCCGCAGCACGUCAUAUGA